UCUCAGGGUGUUUUCCUCUCACCUCCACAUCGAUCGUCUUCUGCCUCCUUUGGUGCUCUCGUCCGUUUGGUUUGGUUUCAAGAUGAGUUACUACGCUCAGCAGCAGGCUCCUUCUCAAGAUUCAGCUUAUCCUCCACCCGGGCAGGCCUACCCACCAGCUUACGUCGCGCCUCCUCCUGCAGGCUAUCCCACCGGGGAUGGUGGUGCUGUGAAUUCACAACAAGUUCCCGUGGAGACGAAGAGUCGCGGUGAUGGCUUUUGGAAGGGAUGCUGUGCUGCCUUGUGUUGCUGCUGCGUUCUGGACAUGUGCUUCUGAAGCUGGAAAGGGAGAUGGAGAGACGUCUUAUCACCAUCGCCUUGUCGUUCUUCUGUGUUCUGUUCUUUUAGCUUCUACAUAAAAUGUUGGCUCUCGUGUGUUCACGAGACAGUAUUCAUGUUGAUUGUGUGCUAAGAUAUUAGCACGAGACAUAUUGAUUUAUUCGUCUAUGAGAUUAGUCAUAUUCUGUGAUA